AUGGAGAUCYCAAUUUCGCUUCGUUCUGCAUCGURCAUAACAGGAAUUSUYWUUGGGAUAYUUMUUACMUUUAAACUAGUUCGUUCRAAGAAGAAAGGAACCAGGAAAGUUCCUCGAGGAACAGUUAUCCUGCAUCAGUUCGAACGUCCUUAUCUUGGCGUUCCAAACUUGUCGCCGCCAUGUAUGAAGUUAGAAACCUACCUUCGCAUGACAAAGAUUCCCUACGAGUGCGAUUACACUUUAAAAUUUUCAAGCAAGGGGAAGAUGCCUUGGAUAGAAUACAACGGSAAAGAGAUUGCAGACUCRAACUUCUGUAUUGAGUUUCUUAAUAAGGAGUUUGGAGUMGAUGUUGAUGAUCACCUGAGCGACGAACAGAAAGGAAUUGCCAGAGCUGUUUUAGUUAUGUUGGAAGAAAAUACCCGCCGGACUGUGGCAUACUUUCGUGGUUUAGAUGAGGGUAGCGAAACAAUUAAGAAGGUUUUCUUUGGAAAUGUCAUUUUUCCUUUGAGGAAUGUGUUAUUUCGAUUGAAGUUUCAAAGUAAGGUCAAGAACCAGCUCCAUGGUCACGGGAUCGGCCGUCAUUCUCCCGAAGAGAUUUAUGGGAUAGCUGAGAAAGAUCUGAGAGCUGUUUCUUCCAUUCUUGGAGAGAAGAAGUUUUUGUUUGGWGACAAACCCUGCCUUGCUGACGUCUUUCUCUUUGCACUUGUGAGCAACUUCAUCUUUCUGACUCCCGUUGCUCCGCAGGCAAAGUUGAUUUUGACGCAACUGAAGAAUCUUGAAGGU